AUGUCUUCGGCUAGGGCAUCUUUAAACUCGGUAACAUUCGUACUUGCAGGUCGAACAACACUGUCAGAGCAUUGCCCUACGGAGCACGUCGAAGUCGAUCUCGCCGUCGCUGAACGCUCGCCGUACCUUCGCAUCUAUCUUCCACACCAUGUGCGCGAUGACCGACCUCUCUUACCCAUUCAGCUCGGCGACAUCGAUCCAGCGGGUUUCAAGCUUUAUAUCGAAUGGCUCACAUCCGGGAUUGUCAAGUUCUCUGAUCAACGAUCCCUCCAGCUGGACUCCUGCGUCGACUUGAUCUACGCGCACAUCGUUGGCUCCACAUUCUCGCAACCGUACUUCCAAGACUACAUCAUCGACAAGCUAGCGUCUAUUCUUGACCCCGCGCAAACGUUCGAUCAGAAGAUUCUCGAAAUGCUGUAUUUGGAAAAGCACGCGUCGACAUUACUGCGAAAGUUUGUUACGGACAAGAUGUUCGCGUAUGAUAGGAGAAUGCUGGGUAUGCUACGAAAUUCUGUGGAGGAUAUCGUGACGGGAAGUAGUGAUGUGAAGGGAUGCGAGUAUCAUAUCCAUGAUGACGGAGUGUGUUAUAGGCAUAGAAGGGCUGGCGAGUUUGAGCAGACGGACAAGGUAAACGCAGUGGGAGGGAAGAAGUGGAGUAUUGACGAUGAUCCGGAACUAAAUGCCAUGGCAGCACAGUAUUUGGGCAAAACAAUGACCCCUUCGACAAUAGACAAGUCACCAAAGAUUCCCGCCACCAAGCACCGUCCAUCGACAGGAAAGCGUCGACCUCAGUUCUGGAAUGUCUAG